UACAUCACACCCCUGUCUUCUUACUUGUCCUCGACACAACAAAACCAUUCAAACAUCUUUGCACCUACACUUUCAUGGCUUCCAUGGAGUUUUUGGCUACACGAAACUCCACUUUGCCAGCCGUGGUGGCGCUUCCGGAAAAGUCCGGUCAUCGUGGCGUUUACCUUGGGAGUAGCAACGUUACUCUGAAACGCAAUGUUCGGCGCUUGACGGUUACGAAUGUUGCAACUCCGUUGCCGACAAUUGCUCCGUCAUGGGAAACUGAAAGUGUGGUGAAACGGAAUCAUGUUGCGUGGACAAGUGUGAGGCAGGAGAGAUGGGAAGGAGAGUUGAUUGUACAAGGAGAAAUUCCACUCUGGCUGAGGGGAACGUACCUAAGAAAUGGUCCGGGCAUGUGGGGCAUUGGGAACUACGAGUUCCGCCACCUCUUUGAUGGCUACGCCACCCUAGUGAAGCUCUGCUUUGAGAACGGCCGAUUAGUGGCCGGCCACCGCCAAGUCGAAUCGGAAGCCUACAUGGCAGCAAAGAAGAACAAAAAAUUAUGUUACCGUGAAUUCUCUGAGGUUCCUAAGCCGGAUAAUUUCCUAGCAUAUGUUGGGGAGCUUGCAAGCUUGUUCUCCGGUGCAUCGCUAACCGAUAAUGCUAACACUGGGGUGGUUAGGUUGGGUGAUGGCCGUGUGGUUUGCUUAACGGAGACACAAAAGGGCUCAAUAGUGAUCGACCCGGACACGUUGGACACAAAAGGGAAAUUUGAGUAUAGUGACACAUUAGGUGGUCUAAUACACUCGGCGCACCCAAUUGUGACGGAAAAGGAAUUCUUGACUUUGUUGCCAGAUUUGGUGAAUCCGGGGUACUUGGUGGUGAGGAUGGAGCCGGGGACGAAUGAGCGGAAGGUUAUUGGGCGGGUGAAUUGCCGGAACGGCCCGGCACCUGGGUGGGUCCACUCUUUCCCGGUGACUGAGCACUAUGUUGUUGUGCCUGAGAUGCCACUAAGGUAUUGUGCCCAAAAUUUGCUCAAGGCUGAGCCCACACCCCUUUACAAAUUUGAAUGGCACCCUGAUUCCAAAGCCUUCGUGCAUAUCAUGUGUAAGGCUAGUGGCAAAAUUGUGGCCAGCGUGGAAGUGCCUUUAUUCGUUACAUUCCACUUCAUCAAUGCUUACGAAGCGGAAGACGAAGAAGGGAGAGUGACAGCAAUUGUUGCCGAUUGUUGUGAACACAACGCCAACACAACGAUUCUGGAGAAGCUCAGAUUGCAAAAUCUCAGAGCAUUCAACGGUGAAGAUGUAUUACCAGAUGCUAGGGUUGGACGGUUUAUUAUACCCUUGGAUGGGAGUCCCUAUGGGAAGUUAGAGGCAGCACUUGACCCGGAUGAGCAUGGAAGGGGCCUGGACAUGUGUAGCAUAAACCCUAACUAUCUGGGCCAAAAGUACAGAUAUGCUUAUGCUUGCGGAGCCCAUCGUCCAUGCAAUUUCCCCAAUACACUCACUAAGCUUGAUUUAGUAGAGAAGAAGGCGAAGAACUGGUACGAGGAGGGUGGUGUGCCAUCGGAACCCUUUUUUGUGCCACGCCCAGGGGCAACACGGGAAGACGAUGGUGUUGUGAUCUCGAUGAUUAGUCAGAAAGCUGGAAGUGGAUAUGCAUUGUUGUUAGAUGGAUCAACCUUCAAAGAGAUUGCCAGAGCAGAGUUCCCAUAUGGCCUUCCCUACGGGUUGCAUGGAUGCUGGGUGCCAAAGGAGUGAAAAAUGUUUUAAGAGCUCAUGGUAGUAACAUGAAUCUAUGUGUGGUAGAUUCUGGCUCAUGGAUACUUAGUGUACGUAAGGAGAUGGCCAUAUUAUAGCUUAGCUAGUGUCUUUGUUGUAUGCUUAUGGUGGUUACAAGUUAGGUUGGUGUGCUAAUUAUAGUAUUAUGAUGGAUGAGUGAAAUCUAGAAGAUCAGGCCUUGUAUUAAUUAAAGUAAUUUAAUCAUGUAAAUUUUAUUUUGUGUGUAAAAUUAAAUCUUGUUUAGCAUUUUAAACUUGUGUA